AACUGAGCGCUCGCUAAGAUGGCGGCCCUGUGCGAGGCCUUCACGCUAUGCGGUUUGGGGCCCACCGGCGGCGUCGGCCUCGGUAGCGGCCUUCUGGCGCUGGAGCCGGGUGCUGAUCCCGACCACGUCCUGCUCACCGACCGCGGCAGGACGGCCACGCUUUUUAAGGUCUCAGAUCAGAAGCCACUGGGCUGUUGGUCAGUUAAACAUGGGCAGAUUAUCACGUGUCCAGUUGUAUGCAACUUUGAGACUCACGAAUAUAUAGCUGUUCAUGAUAACAAGGUUUUACGAAUAUGGAAGGAUAAAGAUGUUAACUUGGACAAAGUAUUUAAAGCAACACUUUCAGCUGAGGUGUACAGAAUACAUUCGCUGCCCCAUGCAGAGCCAUUGGUGUUGUUCAGAGGAGGGGGUGUUCGAACUUUAGAUGUUCUUCUGGAAGCUCCACAACAAGAAAUUGAAAACGUCAUCUCAGAUGAAGUUAUCAAGUGGAGUGAAGCAUUACUGGAAGGUCAACAACCUGUCUUAAUUUUCGUUACAGAGAAAGAUGGGGAUUUUUUUGUCUACAUACAGAAACUUAAGAUGAGGAGUCUACAUAAAUACAAGCUUGAACAACAGGAAUUGUCUAAUCCGCUUUGUUUCACAGCAUAUAUAAAAAAGCAGAUUAUCACACUUCUGUGUUUAUACUCCAGUGACUCUGUAUAUAAAGUUCUGAUACCUCUACAGCAAAAUAGUGAAGAGGAAGAGCAAACUCUAUCCAAAUCACUACUACUAAACCUUUCAAUAUCUGGAAGUGCUCUAAAAGGAACUUCUUUUGUUAUUCUUGAUAAAGACCAUGUUGCAGUACUGGGAAGUCUAGCAGCAUCUGGUGAAGAAUCCAAAGAAUGCCUAACAAUAUGGAAUACAAAAUUUCAAACAUUACAAGCUUCAAAGGAACUGCCCCUGGGAACCAGUGGACAACUGUGGUGUUAUGGGGAAAAAUUUUUCUUCACUCAUGGAAAAGUGCUAACAGUAGUUAUAUACAAGUGUGAAACUUCAUCCUUGGCAGCUGCUGUGGGAAAACUGAAGGACAGUCAAACCUCUGAUCUUUCUUCAUUUGUAAACUGGAAUACUCUUGGAGAUGAAGAGCUCCUGGUUUCCUAUCAGUCACAGCAGUCUGUAGCUCUAAAGUCUGAAUCCAAAAUGACAUUAAGAUCAAAAAAGAGCGCCGUUGAGAACAUGCAGCCAGAUGCCUCCACAAUUGGGCAGUUCUUACUAUGUAUAAAAGAUGCUUCCACAACUGCUGUUGAAGGUGAAUUGAGACAACUGUUGUCAAAAGCACAGAGACCAGAUUUUCAGGCCACCAUUGGAUGUGUAAUAAGUGCUCUAAUGAACAGGUGUAAAACAGAUCCAAUGUUCUACCCUCGAAACUUCCUGGUACAGAUGAUCCAGAAACGAGAAUUAUCUUACAGUUUGUGUCCAGACUUAAUGGCUGUUGCUUUAGAGAAAAAAGAUGUACAUCUCUUACAAAUCUGCUUACAACGGUUUCCAGAUAUUCCUGAAGAAAUUACUUACGCUUGCUUGAAAGUAUUUUUAAGCAUUAGUGAUGAUUAUCUGGAAGGAACAGACGUGGAUCUAGAAUCUGUAAUCUCUUACAUUGAUAUUGAACCAAACAGUAAAGUUAAGACUGAAGUUGUAGAAAAUGGUUUCAGUACUGAACUGGAAGAAGAUGGUUGUGAUGUCAAAGGCAUGAAGGAAACCCAUAUGAUGGACAAUGUUGAAUUCUGCCCUGUUGGACCUCAUAAGGCAGCAUUAUUAAAUGCUGUUCUUCAUUCAGCUUACAGUGAAACGUUUCUUUUGCCCCAUCUGAAAGACCUUCCAGCUCAGCAAGCUGUUCUGUUUCUCAGGUAUUUGCACUACCUGUAUGUGAAAUGCAGUGAAAAAAUCAACACAACUCUUCCUGGAGUACUCCCUCCAACUAUAAGUCAGAUUAUGGAUUGGAUGUGCCUAUUACUUGAUGCUCACUUCACAGUUAUGGUGAUGCUACCAGAAGCAAAAAGAUUGCUUUCAAGCAUGCAUAAGUUUGUGAGAGCCCAAGUACGAUUCUACUCUGAACUUAACAAAAUCGAAGGAAGUUUGCAAGAACUGCAAAGAAUUAAAUGCCAGGAAAACUCUCAGGCAUAUUCUAUUGAAGUGCUGGAACUUAUUUGAAUAUGAAAUGAAUUAUUAACAAACUUGUUAUUGAUUCCUUUUAUGACAAGGAUGUAUUAGCACUCCAUAUUGGGGAUGUGAAAAGUUGAGUUUUGUGCACAGGAAGAAUGCGGUUACUCAGUAGCUACGUGGGGGGUUGUGUAUUAAAAGCUCUUUUUUGACUGGAUGAUUUUCAUAUAUUUUCAUUGUAAUUUUGUUAUGCAGUCACAAGAAUAUCCUAAAAUUCUAUCUGAUUCUUGGCCAAGAAGUGAUAGGAUAUUUGUAAAAAGGUUUCAAGAAAUGUUUCAUCAAAUCAA